AUGCGAGGUCCCAUCCUCCCAAUGCGAAGAAUACAGGAACCCACUGGCCAAGAUUUCAAGCACCUACAAAAGGAGGUUUCCAGGGAAAUGGAGGCAAUGGCCCAGCUCCCAAAGGACAUUCAGGAUGCUGUUCUCCAUAAUAUCCUGGCCAGGCUCAAGGACCGAUCGGCUCUGCAGGACCUCAUGGACAUGUUGGAUCGGGGCCCCUUGGAUCAUCUGGACAGCUUUGGUGGCACCUUGCUAAGUGAGAUGCAAGAGGACUCAAGAAAUCUAUGGCUCAAGUUAAGACUGCACAUGAUUUACCUCCUUAAAGCCAUAUUGGUGCUGAGUGACACCCAACAUGAGCUACUGGCCUGGUCCAUGGAGAAGAGGAUCCUGCUCCCCCAGCAGGAGCUGGUGAAGAGCAUCCUGGAGGCCAACUUCAAGUACCCUUGGAACAUCCCCUUCACCCUGGACCCCAAGCUCCUCACCCCGCUGCAGGUAGAGGGGUUGGCCGUCACCUUCAGCCUGCUGGAGGAGUGCGGCCUGAGGGUGGCUCCCGACAGCCCCAAAGGGACCUGGGACCUGGAGGCCAGGAAGCCCUUGUUCGCCCUGUACGGGUCCCUCUCAGUGCUGCAGCAGCUGGCCGAGGCCUGA